AUGUCUGCUGCAAAUCCUGAGACUCCAAACUCAACCAUCCCCAGAGAGGCCAGCACUCAGUCCUCAUCAGCUACAACCAGCCAAGGCUAUGUUUUACCAGAAGGCAAAAUCAUGCCCAACACCGUUUUUGUUGGUGGAAUUGAUGUUAGGAUGGAUGAAACCGAAAUUAGAAGUUUCUUUGCUAGAUAUGGUUCAGUAAAAGAAGUGAAGAUAAUCACGGAUUAAACUGGUGUGUCCAAAGGCUAUGGAUUUGUUUCAUUUUAUAAUGAUGUGGAUGUGCAGAAGAUAGUAGAAUCACAGGUAAAUUUCCAUGGUAAAAAGCUGAAACUGGGACCUGCAAUCAGGAAACAAAAUUUAUGUGCUUAUCAUGUGCAGCCUCGUCCUUUGGUUUUUAAUCCUCCUCCUCCACCACAGUUUCAGAGUGUAUGGAGUAAUCCAAACACUGAAACUUAUAUGCAGCCUCCAACCAUGAUGAAUCCUAUUACUCAGUAUGUUCAGGCCUAUCCUCCUUAUCCAAGUUCACCUGUUCAGGUCAUCACUGGAUAUCAGCUGCCUGUAUAUAAUUAUCAGAUGCCACCACAGUGGCCUGCUGGAGAACAAAGGAGUUAUGUUAUACCCCCGGCUUAUACUGCUGUUAACUACCACUGUAAUGAAGUUGAUCCAGGAGCUGAAGUUUUGCAAAGUGAAUGUUCAGUUCAUGAAGCUACUCCAUCCUCAGGAAAUGGCCCACAAAAGAAAUCUGUGGACAGAAGCAUACAGACUGUGGUAUCUUGUCUAUUUAACCCAGAGAACAGACUGAGAAACUCUCUUGUUACUCAGGACGACUACUUCAAGGAUAAAAGAGUACAUCAUUUUAGAAGAAGUCGAGCAUUGCUUAAAUCUGUUUGA